AUGAGCAAAAUUUACGAAAUUGUAACGUUUAAAACCAUUGAUGGGGGCUUCAUUAGGGGUAGGCUCUACCCAGCAGCACAAAGAGGGCCUGCAGUGAUCCUUACGCCUGGGUACAAUGGGGUAGUGGUCAACUUCGCCCCUGGUGUACCAGAAGAAUUCCAAAAGGCAGGCAUCACUGCACUUGUCUAUGAUCCGCGAAACACAGGGAAAAGCGGUGGGUUCCCGCGCAACGAUAUCGAUCCUUUCAAACAAGCAGAGGACUACUCAGAUGCUUUCACUUUCCUGGCCAAACAGCCAAUAGUGAAUCCUGAAGCUAUCGUAUUCUGGGGCCUUUCUCUGUCAGCUGGUAUCGCAUUGUCGAAUGCAGCCAUCGACCGGAGAAUCGCUGCAGUUAUAGCAGUCGCACCUGUUUUCGAAUACAGCCCAAUCAAACCUUCAGAUGCGGCGAAGCUAAAGUUCAAGUUGAUGAAGGAUCGAGAAUCGCAAGUCAAUGAUGGAACUCCGCCUUACAUCCUCCCCAUUUUGGAGUCUGUGGCAUUUCUUCCUUUUAACUCCCACAUUAGCACAACAGAUGAAGAACGAAAACAAGAGGAAAUAGACUACCACAAUCACUUGAAGGAUCAGUGGAGAGAGGAAGCAGGUGAAGAUGCUGUAUUCGAUCCUGCAUUGACUCAUAAUGCAUACGGUACCACGAUACAAUCGUAUCACCGCAUGUUUCUGUGGGAGCCCAUUCCUCUAGCAAUGGUCAAACACGUCAGUCCUACUCCAUUGAUGAUUAUAACUCCAGAGUUGGACCAAAUUUCAGACCCAGCCCACCAGACAGCAGUAUUCGAAUCCUUACAAGGGCCCAAGAGACAGAUGAUCGCUCCUGGAAGGGAGCACCUCUACGUGCUCAAUGGACCCGAUAUGCCAAUUUUGGUGAAAUGGCAGACCGAAUUUAUCUGGCAGGUAGCAAGAGGACGCUUUAAAGGCGCUACUGGGAAGACGCCGAUCGAAAACGCAAAUAUUGUUGCUGUGAAUGGGUCUAGCGAAGUCGCCGCUUGA